UGUACUAGAAAUUCUGACGAAAAGCAAAUGGUGACCCUAGCAUUGAUACUUACAUACAUAUACAUACUUUGAAAGACGUUAUGUACAUAUAGCUACGCAGUCCGUACCUAAUUGAUCUUUAUCAUUCGGACUGAUGUAAUCGAAAUCCCGAUGUAAAUGGGACUCAUGCCAUAAAUAGCAACAAUCAAUUUCAAACUCUACAAUCAUGUUAACAGAAACCGCUAUAUUCCAACAAGUAGAUGAAUUCGCUGAGGGCAAGCUCAUAGGUAAUGAUCCAGCCUUGUCUUAUGCACUCAAAAACAGCGCAAAGAAUGGUCUACCACCUAUCAGUGUCAGUGCAACACAAGGGAAGUUCCUCAUGAUGCAGGCUAAACUUAUCGGUGCCAAAAGGAUCCUCGAAGUGGGCACACUUGGGGGUUAUAGUAGCAUAUGGCUUGCAAGGUCUCUCCCAGCAGAUGGAAAACUCAUAAGUUGCGAGUUUAACCCGGCUUUUGCAGAUGUCGCACGCGAUAACAUUCGCAACGCCAACGUCUCGGCGCAAGUAGAUAUUCGCACAGGACCUGCACUUGACACUAUAGUUACUUUAGACGAUAACUUUGACUUUGUUUUCAUUGACGCUGAUAAAAACAAUUCACCUGUGUACCUCACUGAAGCCAUUAAGCGCACACGUAAAGGUGCAAUCAUUGUUGUCGACAAUACUGUUCAGAAUGCACAACGUUUCCUCGAUCCGACUGAGGACUCUCCAAAUGUUAUUGGUAAUCGUCAAGUAUAUGAUCUUCUACAGAAGCAUGAGGCGGCUGGGGAUCUCAUUGCGACGCACCAGCAAUGUGCAACAGGUAAGGGGUCUGACGCAUUUGUCUACGCAAUCCGAACAUGAUGACUAUGUAAAUCUAAAGUUGUAUAUCAAAUGAAAUCACAGCAAGGACUUAACGUCGAUACUACCAUUCUUGCUCUCAGCUACACCAGUCUCGAGAACAACAGCAGAGAUGAGUUGUGAUGGCGUAAUAUCGAAUCCAGGGUUGUAUACGGUAUGUAACCCAGUCGCACCGACUUCUUUAGGUGCGAUACGUACAGAUGUUUGCUUCCCACUAUCUAAUUCAAUACCGCGGACAGUUACAGCUUCGCUAGCUGCACGCAAUUCAAUAGGAAUCGACCGACCAUCGUUCAAGUUGGAGUCCACACUGGCGCGUGGAGCAACAACUGUGAACGGAAUAUUGAACGUUUUAGCAAACAUUGCUGAUUGCAUUGUACCAAUUUUGUUAGCUGUAUCACCAUUAAGUGCGAUUCUGUCAGCACCGACAGUGACUGCUUGGACGAUACCGGAUGAAAUGAGUGAUCCGACAGCCGUAUCACAUACUAAACAACUUGGUAUGCCCAACUGAGUGAAUUCAAAAGCGGUUAGUCUGGUACCUUGAUGGUAAGGCGUUGUUUGAGCAUAGUAUGCUCUUUCAAGUCUACCUAACUCAUGCAAACGAGUGAUCAUACCAAAUGCAGUACCAUAACCCUUAAAGAUCGUCAGAAGUGCUAUUGUUUCAAAUGGAUUGACCCACUGAAGUUGCCAAUGAACCAGUAUUACAGACAGUCAGGAUUGAUAUUUUGCCGCCUUUUUCGAUCUUCCCGGAUGAUUCUAAAUUGUUGAUAAGCCAUUGUGCGCCAUUAUCAGACAUCUGCUUAUUUCUCUCGACGUCCUCUGACCAAACUAGAAUGGCUUGGUAAAUUACAGCCUUCUUUAUGUUGUCAACGCUGUCACUGUCUAUCUCUGCAGCCUGUCUAAGCUGGUCAAGAGCAAUACCAAGGUUUACAGCUGUUGGUCUGGAUUGAUAGAGGUAAUCGCAAACUUGCUUUACUUCUUUCUUAAGCUCUUGAGAGUUGUUGUAGCUGCUAUUGUGCAAUCUCUGUGCGACAGAAAGAGUAGCUAAGGAUGCCAAUGCUGGUGCACCUCGUAUGUUCAUAUUCCUGAUAGCGGAAUAUGCUUCUUCUACUGAAGUAAUAUCCAUCCAAACGAGUUCAUGUGGUAGCUUUAAUUGGU